CUUCAACCGACGUAAAACAUUUGUGGACGGAGGGACACAUAAAAGCACCAGCAAGUCGCUCCAUGGCUACGACCACCUCCUCUGUGCCUGCGACUCCCUCGGAGAUUGCAACAACACGUGAAGCCUCGUCAUUAUCCAUUUCCCCGGCUCCUAUCACUAUCAUGCGUCAUUACAUCGGAGUCGACAUCGGCGGCACUAGCGUCAAGUGUGGCGUCGUGUCGUCUGAAGGCGUGCUCCUCUCCCGCAACCAGCGCAAGAUCGAGGACGAUCGGUCGUCCGACGUCGUUGUCGGUCUGUGCAUCGCGAUUGUCAAAGAAUGCGUCGAAGAAGCCGGCAUCUCGUGGUCCCACAUUGCCGGUCUGGGCGUGGGCUGCCCCGGCCAAGCCUCCAACGGCGUGCUCGUGGCCGCCGCCAACUUUGAAACGUGGAAGGACGUGGCGCUCGAGCGUUUGUUGAACGAAAGCCUGCACAUUCCGUGCACCCUCGUCAACGAUGCCGACGCCGCCGUCGCCGCCGAGCACUGGGUCGGCACCGCGUCCAAAGUCAAGAACUUUAUCAUGCUCACCCUUGGCACUGGCAUCGGGUUUGGCGUCGUCAACGACAACGCCAUCUUGGCUGGUGGCACCGGCAUGAUUGAAGGCGGGCACGUGAUUGUCGUGCCCAACGGCCGUGCUUGUGGCUGCACUCAAAAAGGGUGCUUGGAGCGCUACAGUUCGGCCACGGCGUUGAUUCAACAAGCCAAGCUCAAAGCCACCGACAAAUCGCUGAACACGAAGCUGUCGGAUCUCAAGAUUGACGAGAUCACGGCCAAACAAGUGUUUGAAACGGCGGCCACUGGCGACUCUGUUGCCAAGGAGCUCAUUGCCGAGGCGGCAGACUACUUGGGGUUUGCCUGCGUCAACUUUUGCCGUAUCUUGGACCCAGAGCUCAUUGUACUCUCGGGCGGGCUCGCUGAAAACGGCGAGUAUUUCAUCCAAGCCAUUCGCGAUGCGUACACCAAGUACACGUGGACCAAGCUACCCAACCCGGUCCGCAUUGAAAAGGCGUCGGUGGGGUACGACUCUGGCAUCAUUGGCGCCGCUGCGUUUGCGUUCAAGAAGAAGGCGGAAGUUUAGAGAAUUCGCGAGCGCCUUUAAUUAUAAUUUCAUCAACGUACCCUUGGA